UCCCGUUGGCCUGAUGCUGGCGGAAUGUGUGAGGCGGGCUCUGUCGGGAGACCCAGGUAUUGGGACAACGUCCACGGACUGCGGGUCCUUAUCGCUACAGUAUUAUAACACAUCAGCAUUACCUGCUGCUGAGCCAUUUUGGACAGAGGGGUCGACGGGCAGACUGCGAGGCUCGGCUUCUCUCCCCCUCUCUCUUUCUCUGAAGAAGAAGAAGAAGAAGAAGAAGAAGAAGAAGAACCGUACACGGAAGUUGUUGUUAUGGCACCUCUUAGCCAGAAGUUCACAAUGAAGACCAGCGUUUUUCUGCUGCUGCUCGCAGCUUCGUUCACCCGUGGACUCGCACAGGGAGACGACGGCGCGGUCGAGGAGCUCCAGGUGGAGACCCUGGUGAAACCCCAAACUUGCCCUGUACUUUCCACAAUGGGAGACACGCUGCACAUCCACUACACGGGAAAACUGAUGGAUGGAAAGGUGAUCGACUCAUCUCUGUCCCGGGACCCUCUGGUUGUUGAGCUGGGGAAGAGGACAGUUAUUGCUGGUCUGGAACAAAGCUUGGUUGGUGUGUGUGAAGGGCAAAAAAUCAAAGCCUCCAUUCCCUCUCACCUUGCAUAUGGAAAAAAAGGUUACCCUCCAACUAUCCCAGGUGAUGCUGCUCUUGAGUUCGAGGUGGAGGUGAUUUCUCUAACACAGCAGACGGCGUGGCAGAAAAUGGUCAACGACGUGUUCCCUCUCAUGUGUUUGGCCCUCGUGCCCACUCUACUUGGCUUGGUGGGACUCUACCUCUACAAAAAGGCCAACGCCCAGAAGCCCGGCAAGAAGAAGGCGAAGGAUAAGAAGAUUAAGAAGAAAUAAGGACAAGGCACAGAACUAUUUAAUAAAUUUUUUAAAUUGUA